UUGACGACCAGUGUUCUGUAUCCAAUAUUGUAUAUUUAUCUUGGUAAAACAACUAGCACUCUAGGGGCCUAUAACCUCGGGGGCAUCAAUGCCACGGGACAAAUACCUAGCAUAGGUCCAUUUCAACUCAUUGAUAAAGAUACACCGUCAUCUGCAUACACACAUACAAGUCUCGAGACGGGUGAUCAGUGGGAGCUCAUCUUCUCUGAUGAGUUUAACACGGCGGGCAGGACGUUUUACGAGGGUGACGAUCCAUACUGGCAAGCCGUCGACUUGCAUUAUUGGCAAACCAACAAUCUAGAAUGGUACGAUCCCAGUCGGCUCACAACCAAGGACGGUUCACUUAUCGUCACCCUGGACAAAUUCGAAAAUCAUAAUCUGAAUUAUCAGGGUGGAAUGAUGAGCACCUGGAAUCAAUUCUGCUACACUGGGGGUUAUGUUGAAGCCUCUGUUUCUCUCCCAGGAACCAGUACAGUCUAUGGCCUAUGGCCUGCCAUAUGGGCCAUGGGGAAUCUCGGUCGAGCGGGCUAUGGAGGUACUUUGGAAGGUCUCUGGCCAUAUUCUUACGAUUCUUGUGAUGUGGGAACUUUGCCUAAUCAGACUCUGAAUGACGAACCUGAAGUAGCUCUCACGCAAGGUGAUCCGGACCACGGCUACAUCCUUUCUUAUCUCCCCGGACAAAGACUUUCCUCCUGUACGUGUCCUGAUGACCCCACUCAUCCUGGCCCGAAACGCCCAAACGGUUCCUUCAUUGGAAGAGCCGCACCCGAAAUCGAUAUGUUUGAAGCUUCAUUCCAGGUUGAUGCAAAUACUCUGAAAGGAGAGGUCUCACAAUCGGGUCAAUGGGCUCCAUUCAAUCCCAAUUACUAUUUUGUCAAUAAUUCCAAGACAUACCAAGUAUAUGACGAGGAUACCACUUGGAUGAAUACCUAUCAAGGUGGGGUGUAUCAGCAGGCAACCUCUGGUUUGACAUUCACCGAUCAGGUGGGUUUGAUAUUUGAUACCGGCGGUACAGGUUGUUAUAGUGUUUAUGGCUUUGAAUACUCCCCAGGCGUCGACGGGUACAUCACUUGGGUGGCCGACGGCAAAAAAGCAUGGACGGUUCGUGGAGGGGCUAUGGCUCCCAAUGCCGAGGCGGGAGUCGGACAGCGGAUGGUUUCGGAAGAACCAAUGUAUCUCAUCAUUAAUCUCGGUUUGUCCGAGAAUUUUGGGGCCAUCGAUUCAAGCUUCCCUCAAACCUGUAUCGAAUUGACGGAUGCAGAAGAUCCCAAUAAACGCAGUAUAGGAUGUGAUCCAGUGGACCGUCCUACUGCCAAAUAUAUCUCAUUGUAUCCUGAAGCAUAUGCUGAUCCUAACAUUACAACAUUCGCCGAAAUUCCGGACGCCGUCUUACCCAAAAACCGUCUGGUAGACACUUGCUAG